AAUUAUUUCUUUUAACAUGAUUCAUUUUUAAAAUAUUGAUUUUUGAUCUCAAUCCCGGCUCGCUGCCACCCCCGAGCCCUGCUGCAACGGGCAAAAACUACAAAAUAAUUAUAAAACACCGGAUAAUUAUAAUAAUUCCAUUAACGAUCGGAAAUAUUUCUAAUUAAAAUGAUUCCGUUUUAAUUCUAUUUCACCAAUAACACAAAGUAUUUCCACCCAACGGGGCUGCUCUGAAAGCAAAGCCGCUGAGAGCCUCCAAACGAGAAACAGAAUUUAUCAGAAAAAGGGAAAAAAACCCCAAAUAUUUGAAAUAAUUAAAAAAAUAAAUAAAUAAAUUAAUUCAGAAACCGAGUCAGAAUGCUGUGCUUCCGCCGGAAGUUGCCGCUGACGCCGCUGCGGGAAGAACUUCCGCCAGUACUUCCGCCAGUACUUGCGCCAGGCGCGGCUCCUGAUUGGCGCGGUCCUGCCGCCAUCUUGGCCGGCAGCAAUCCGCCCCUCUGUAGUUCGGGGCCUUUCCGCGUGUGCCGCUCCCGGGCAUCAUCCUCCGGCACCGGAGCGUCCCCAGGGCGUCCCCCGUGAGCAUGGAGCCCCGAGAGCUGCUGGAGCUGCUGGUGGCCGUGGUGGCCAUCUUGGGCGAGCUGGUGACCACUGUGGCAGGGCCGAACAGGGACGUGAUGCUGGCCGUGUCCCGAGGGUCCCUGUGCAGGGCCCUGAGCAAUUUCACUCUGCACCUCCAGAACACCCUCUGCCACCACCAUGGCACCUCCCUGGGCCCCAGCAGACUCAAGCCCUGGUGGCAAGGCCGUGGUGCCUACCUGGACUUCUUCCAUGACCCCGCCGCGGACGACCGCAGUGUCAUGUUCCUGGGCCACCGCAUCAUCACCUCCCUGGGCCAGGCCCUGGCCAACCUCGGGGCCACCCCUGGGACCACCUGGGCCGAUGUCAGAGCCGCGGCCAGCAACUGGCGGGAGCUGGUGGACACCCUCAUGGAGAGCUGGUCCCGGCUGGCCGAGGAGGCCACCAGGCUCCGCUUCAGCUGGGAGGACGCGGCCACCAGGAGGGGACUGCGGGCGGAGGUGGCCCUGGGGCUGCUGGAGCGCUUGGCGGCCGCGUGUGACAGAGCCGUGGCGUACCCCCGGGAGCUGCGGCGCCGGGUUGCGGAGAUCGAGACCGCCCUGGAGCUGACAACGGAGCCAUGCCCUGAUUUCCGCGCAGCUUUGGAGGCUGCGGUGGCCGAGGCCGAGCAGCUGUGGGAUGCCAGCGCCCUCCUGUUCAGUGAUCAGCUGCAGGGGAUACUUCGUGACCUCCACAAUCUUCUCUCACAAGCCCACGGCGGCCACGGUUACCCCGGUGGCCCCAGCAGCAGUGCAGUGGCCCAGCGGUGCCAAGAGGCCACCGACGAUGUCCCGAGGCUGCUGCAGGCGCGGAGUCGGGACUCCCACGUCAUCGUCGUCGAGCUGGUGUCACCUCUGCAGAGAUUCAUGGACACUGUCAGGUCACUUUGGGAACGCGUGCGGCGGCAGGGGCUGAAUGAGCUGCGCUGAGCCCUGACCCCAGCCCCCCAAAAACCACACCAGCACCUCGUGUCCCCCUGAACCCCCUGGAGCCCAGCCCCCCAAAAACCACACCCGCACCUCCUUGUGU